CCUUCCAGACACGCUUCCACCCGUCCCAUGUGCACAUCAUCAAUGAACUCAUCAUUUGUCGAGUGCAGUGCCUAGAAUAGCAUCCAACAACAACUGCCGACGUAAGCUCUUUCUCCGAUUCGUCAGCAGUGUCUCGUCCUAUCAGCGUUUCUGAUAUGCGAAUCGAUGCAAUAAUUACAGCUGUUCGCUAUUGAGCUGCGUUCGACCUACAUUCACCAAACAAGCUCGGCAACAUGUCGCUGACGGUGCGGAAUCUGAGUCCGUUCUCCGGAAUCUGUGCUUUAUUGUGGAUGCUCGGUAUUGCUGCUUCUGUGGAAGCAGUUGCGGAGUCACUUGAUCCAGAAGAGACGUCAUUUGUCUUCACGAGAAGCAUAGAGCAGCAUGCCGGUGGGAUUGAAUCGGAUGGCGAUAUACGAGUGGAGCGGAUCCUCAAUUGGACCCGGUGGGAGUUCUCAGAGCUGGCUGUGGAUCAAAAAACCAGCUGCUUCGUUAGGGAUCUUUUGUCCCGGUUGAAAUUGCUGGAUGUUGAUAGUGGACGCUUCCAAAUUGAGCAAUUGUGGGUUCAGUAUAGGCAAUAUAAAGAGUUCUUGAAUUGCACUGAAGAUGAAGUGAGCAAACUGGCAGAUAAUCUUGAACAGCAUACUGACAUGGGUGAAUGUGAUGCAGUGUUUUAUGCUUUCAGAGAGAGCAUUCUACCAUCAGUGGAUAUUCUUCGGAAAUUAUUUUUGUUGGAUACUGAAAGCUCAUCAAAGCUUUAUACUUGUUUGGGACCGCAAAUUAAGCAGCCGAGACAGUCAGUAUUCGAAUACUGUGAAAACAAAUUUUAUAAACAUAAACGAGACGUGAGGUGUGCAGCACGUAAUUAUGUUAUUCCAGAUGAUGAGGACUUUCACAGACACAUGGAUUGCAUUUUUCGAGGCUUACACUAUUUCGACAAACAAGGCAAUUUGGACGUGAAUGAAAUACUUCACGACUUCCAUCUGGUUGGAAAAACUCAUUUAGCUAACGACAUAUUACACGUUUUGAGAUCCUGUAGCGUUAAUUCAGAUUUCAAGGCACUGUCUUAUUAUGAAUGUUUGAUAAAAAGUGAUUUUAUUGAACAAUUCAAAGAAGCUUUGGAUUAUCGUGAAAUUCGUUCCAGUGACUAUUAUUAUACAUUAAAAAAUCCAAUGCCAAUUUAUGAGCGCAACCGAGUUCAACAUCACAUCAAUUCAGUAAAUCGUGAAUUUUGUUUAAUUUAA